CAAACACAGAACAAAAGUACACAACAGACGACAUAGACACCAACACAAUCCAUUUGACACUGUUGCACGUGCUUUGAGGAGUCUUCCUCUAUUAGUUCUUCCAGUACUCGAGUGUCCUGUGCAAGGGAUUCGUCGCUGUUGAAAGAUGUAUUCAAGCGGAUCCAGAAAGGACCUCUGUGGUGGUUGCCAUUGUCUGGUGUGCGAAUGUAUCGGGAUGGGUAUGGCGCACGCAAAAAAAUCCACACGCAGACGACGGCGGCAUCACCUCGCUUCCCUUCCCGUGCGAGGGUUCCAUGUGCUGGAGUUGAUCCUUUUAUUGAUUCCACUAACUCUGAUUAUCUUGUCACGGGCUGCUGAUGGAGCAGCUACUUUAAAAUCGAAUAGAGCACCUACAAUCAAAUUGGUAGGAGCAAAGAUUGUAACAGCAAAUGGCUCAGCAGCCACAAUUGUACCAUCCGUGGGCGCAACCACUGUAAAUGCCACAGGAGGAGCAACUACCGUGCAAGCUUCAACUGACACCAACAACGUGGGCUAUCCCCCAUAUUCACGGGAGCCGUUAAUCUUUGCAAGGGCUGCUGGUGAAAGAGCUAAUGUGAAGCCGGUUACAGCUGACAACUACGUGGGCUACCCGCCAUAUUCCCGGGAUCCGAGUAUCUUUGCACGGGCUGGGGGUGAAGGACAAACAAAUGCAACAACUGAUGCAGCUGCAGGUGAUGGUGCAACCACUGUAAAGGGCGAUGAAGAAGGAGGAGGGACAGCACCACCUAUCAAGCCGCAAAAUGUAGAUACUGUUUGGCGUGAGGGCUACGAUGGCGACGGUACGACGCACGAGCAGCUUGGACAGAAGCACUGGCCUGCCGCAGAGUACAGCCGCUACGUGAGCAACGCGCCAUAUUCACGGGACUUGGCCUCAACUUCCAGGGCCUUGAAUGUCGUUUACAAUUUUACGCAUUUCCUGUUCGACACGUUUAUCAACGACGAGCCAGCCCUGCCGCCGGGCUAUGUUGAAGCAACGGACGAAGACCAAUUGGUGCUCGGUCCCAAUGUGCAUGGUAAUGAUUGGGCCGCCUUGAUGGAUCGGUACUGGUCUCUGCUUCUGUUUGUGAUAUUCCUCCUGGCAUGGAUAAUUGUCAUACCUUUUAUAGGUGUGUGCUAUUGCUGCUUUUGCUGUUGUCUAAGGUGCAAACAGGGUUGUACGCAGUGCACGGCACGCGAGGACUUUCGGUGGCGCAUUGGUUGCAGCGUAUGCCUCCUCGUGAUGAUCUUUGGCCUGAUCUCUGGCCUGGCCACAGCGUUUGUGGCGAAUAAGUUCGUGGAUCGGGGCUUCGGGGAAACCAAGGUGACAAUGCGACGUGCCAAUGAUGAUACUUGUGUCUUUCUGAGGGAUGUGGCUGACCACAUUCACCACCUGAUGGUGCACAACUACCAGCAGCUGGAGGCUCAUCUGGAUGAACAUCUGAAUAAUGCGCAUGAUCACAUAUUUCUUGACCUGGCGGACACUUCCGAUGGUAAUUCGCUUAGUGAACUGGAGCGCAUCUUGGACAAUAUGCCAAAAGCCUACCAGCUGAUGAAACAAGUGGAUGUUCUGGAGAAGGAGAUGCGUUUCUAUGGAUCCCAGCUUAAAGACGGUUUGCGGGGCAUGAAACGAACCAUUAGCUAUGCGGCUUUCUGGCUAUGCCCAUACACAGACUGUUACAAAUUCGCCCGUAAUAAUCGUAUACAGCUAAUUGAUACUUCAGCCUGUCUGCACUUUGACUUGAUUCCCAAUUCUACAGUCUAUGUGGAAGCAAUCGAGAAAAUUAUGAAGGAUAGGCUUUAUGUUAUACCAAAGCUGGCAAUAGUACGUCUCAACAAAAUUAAAGAGAUGAUCAAAAAACAGAUGAGACUCGUUGUUCCUCCAAUAUUGAAGAGCAUCGACAAUGGCCGGUUGGUUUACUUGCAAAAGGCAGUAGAAAUACGCGACAUUAUCGAGGGAGUCAUCAGCGAUAUUCACCUCAAUACCCUGAGCAGCACAAAGACAUUUGACGAUGUCUACGAAAUGUUUGGCCCAGAUCGCAGUGCUGUUAACCAAAUAAUUAUCAUAUUAAUAUUGAUAAUUAUCUUAAUCCUCACUUCGGCCCUGAUUUGUGGCUGCGCUGGAUCUACUCGGAGGGCCCCUGGACGAUCUGGAUUUUGUAGCAAGGGCAUGGCCGCCUCAUGCCUGCUAAUUGCCAUUAUCCUAAUAUUUUGUGUGUUCUCGGUUAUAACACUGGUUGGACUAUUUUACUUAAUGAUCGGACUAGUUACACACGAGACCGCCUGUGCCACUACACAUGGCGAUGAUUUGUCAAUAAUCUUCCGUCGGCUCGACACCCUGAUGGAUAUCAAUCGUUACAUGGUGGGGAAUCGGGUAGACUCGACGGCGUCAUCGCGAACGCUUGCAGUGUCAAAUUCAAUCAGGUCCUGCCAUGCAAAUGAGUCCAUCUUUGAGAUGUUAAUAGCACUAAACGUUUUCAACAUAAACGACCUGGCGAAUAGGGAAAUAUUGAUCCAUAAUGAGGAGAGUACACCCUUGUUUACUGAUGAUUUAUCCGCUGUGUAUAUAUUGAAAGCCGAAGAGAAGAUCAAGCUCAAUGAGAUGCGUUUGGGCAAUCUAUCGCUAUACCAUAGCAGCCUAUACGAACAACAUCUUUGCACGAAAUUUGUGCACACGGAUUUGACAGUGCUGGCAAAUAGGUUGUACGGCAUGUCAACCUUUCUCGCCGGAAAUGACGUUAGGCCAGGUUCAAUCCAGUUCAAGCUGGAUUACCUUAAUGCCAUGCAAUACUAUGAAAACAUGCACGAACCACUGAGGAGGUCCAUUAACAAAAUUUUGGAGAAAGUGAAGCUGAUUGACAGCCUCAUUCUGUACGACAACCACAACUUUAAUACGUCGAUAUCAUUACUACUCGAAGCGGCAGAAAAGUCCGAGAACUUUAUCAAGAGCAAGGGCAAGGAUUUCAUCAAUACCCUGGCGAAGAACCUUUCCGCCACAGCCAAUGAAGUGAUUAAGGAUUAUGUUGAAAUGGUGAUAUUGGAAAGCAAGAAAAACGUUGGACAUUGCCAGCCCCUCGCAUACGUUUACUAUCAAGGCAUUCACUUUGUUUGUUCCCGUCUGGUGGAUCCAAUAAAUGCAUUUUGGGCGGCGAUACUUCUCUGCGCCCUGCUGCUUCUACCUAUACUCUUUGUUUGCCAUCGUCUGAUGUGCUUGUACCUUAGAAUCUAUCCGAUUGUCGCUGUAACAGGUGGCCCUGUGAGUAGCUGUCCCUUCUGCACAGGCCAGCCAGCGCCAGUUACUUUCUGCCAUGGAGGCCAACAGGCACAUUGUGAGUGCCCCUUUGGCAACAGGACAGACCAGGCGGCUAGCGCUGCAUCACAGAAGACGGGAAACCAAGUGCAAUGGGCGGAUCAGGUGACUGAGGAUAACAACAAACCUAAGAAUGAUUAAGUCAAAUCAUG